AUGGCCAAGAAGGACUGUCCAGUGGGUGAAAAGUGGGACCUCCUCGUCAAACACUGCAUCUCCAGCAGGACCAUAAACAGACCUAAACCUACCGAGUGGCCCACAGAGCCGCCCCUGCCUCCCGUGGUCCAGGUGAAAUCCACGUCUCCUGCCCCUCAGUUAUCCUCCAUGAUGUUCCUGAGUCCGGCUCUGUGGAUCUGUGUGGGUCUGGGGACGGUGGUGACCAUCCUGAUCGCGACUCUGUUCUUCAUUUACAGAAAACACACCAGGACGAGCAGAACCCCGGACGACUCUGAGAAGCAGCGUGAGCCGGUGGUUCUCCCCUCGCAGCCGCCCUGCAGCGCUCACCUGCACCCGGGCGCCCAAACAGGAUGGGAGUGGGAGGAGGACUUCACCACCUGUCGGUGCCCCCCAAUGCAUGCUGGGACGCGGGUGGAGAGAGGACUGGAGCACAGAGUCCCCCUCCCUGCCACGGAGCUGGGUGGGACGGUGUUAGUCACCACCAAAACUGUGUAG